UGCCCAGACCCGCAGCUCCUUUGCUUUGCUCGUCCCAUUCAUCCGUCCCUUUUUUUCUCAUUGAGGCCCUCCCAACCAUCGUCUCCGGCGCUCGGCCUUUUUGCUUUCUUGCUCUUUCUUGCCCUACCGCCCGCCUCACAUUUUUGUUCUCCCAUUCCCUCGUUUCUUUCGCCCUUCUUUUGUGUACCCAUCCACUGCCGGCAAGGUCGUCAAGCAAAGCACUAACAGACCGGUCACCACCCACGUCUGUCUGAGCAGCGACAAGUACAUUGGAGACUGGCAGAGCUGGCUGGACUCCAGUACUUUCGAGAGUAUUCAUUAACCUCUCGUCCUGCCUGGUCGACAUUUUGGGGAACGACGGACCGAACCUUGGCUGGAACGCACGAAGUGAGGCCAUCGUCCCGUUUGACACGCAACUCUCACCAGCGUUGGGGCCUUGCGCUACUUCGGACAAAACUCACAGACGUGGUCCGCUCCCCGAUUCGACCACACGCCGCAUCUUGUUGACCAAGCGUUCGUUUCUUGACUUCGGAUUUGCCAUCGUCGGCAAACAGAAGGACAACUCAACCGUCAUUUCAACACAUUUAGACACCACCGCCAGGGCGGCGAAGUGGUGUUUUUUCAGUUAGACCAGCAGAAUAGCGAUCGAUUACGCCGGGCGGACAAAAUGGCUCCUUCGCUGAACGCACAUUCGUCCUUCACCCGGCCCCGGACUGGGGAUCGCGAAGGCAGGCCGACUACCCGCGACCAGGGCGAUACCAACCUCAUAAUUCCGAGCCGUACCUCCUCGUUGCACUCGAGGAUCACACAGCCGAUUCCGUCCUCGCUGAAUGUCAAGCCGCAACAGAGGACACCCAAAACCCUUACACAUGCCUACAUGGUUUGCGGUGUGGGCCGUGAGCCCUCGCAAUGGGUGAAGGCGCCCCCGCCAGCCCAGGGCAAGAUUGGUCACAUGAAGGGUGCAGUUGGACAGUUUUGGCUCCCCGAGAUCCUCGGUAGCAGCCCAAGAUUGGAGCAGGACAACGAGAUCGCUAGGUCUCUGCACGCCGCGAUGAGAGCCUGCUUCCCUCACGAUGUCGAGAUUUGCACUGGUCGCAGCCAGCCCCACUGUGUUCACCACGCCUUCGUUCUCCAGCAGGAUUCCUCUCACACACUCUACGGUAUUUGCCUUAAGGUGUGGUCGCGAGCCGAUGAGAAGAGGGCCGAGACAAUCAGGGAGCUGAGGAAACGGACGGAGUCUGAUUUUUACGACAACCCGGACGAGACAUACUGGAUCCCGUACUGUCUUUCGUUCCUUUCCCGCUACCCUCUUUACAAUCUUUUGGGAGACUACCUAAGGGGUAUGUGGAUCCACUGGAACAAGGCCACAAACUUGUUCCAUGCCGAAGAGGUUUCUCGAAUCCUCAGCUUCCCCGCGCCGAGGCUUAACGACCUGGUACGGAUCGACAUGAAGGAUUACGCCCUCUGCUACCAAUUCCCUUCGUCUCCCACUGGAUUCCAAAACUUCGCCAUGUGGCCUCUCUUCUCCUGCCUCUCAAUUCCGAACAUUGUCGGUGUCAUUGAAGCCGCCAUAUCUCCCACUCGCCGCAUAAUCUUUGUCAGCCACUACCCAGCGAUGCUUACCAUGGCUGCGGAGACGGUGCGCUACUGCGUCCGUGUUUACGAGUGGAGCGGUCUGUACGUUCCUAUGGUUCACGCUCGGCACGCAAAGGAGCUCGUGCAAGAACCGGGCCCGUACAUUCUCGGUGUUACCGCGGAGUGCAGGUCCCUUUUUACCGCCCCUACCGACGCCCUGGUAGUAGACCUCGACCGCAACUUCGUUCUUACCUCUAGCCCCCCUACCGCCUUGAACCCCAACCAGCGCAACAAGUUUGUGACCCGCCUGACACAGGCGCUGAACGGCGAUGUUACUCCGUCGGGCGCUCCCGCUCAUUUGCGGUCAGCAUACGGUGGAGGCAAGCUGGUGCCAGCCGGUCAAAUAAUAGUCAUGCGCGGCGAGGUUGAAUCUAUCCAAGACCCUGAGUGGUGGAACCAGGACGCUGUUAUGGCUGUCAUGGAUCACGUCUGCGAGAAGAUGGGCCGGAACACUGGCAUCAAGGCUGUUUUCGGUGGUGCAGUUAAGAAGCCUCUGAUGACCAAGGUGUCGAUGAGACACCUCAACGAGAUUGUUCGUGAGAGGAAUCAGUACUCCAGGGACGCUCUGGAGGCCUGGCAAGACUUCAUCAACCUUAAGGGACGCAUGGACACUGAGCUUGCCAAGGUCACUAAGCGCAACAACUACCUCAAUGAGGAGCUGGACAGCUGGAAGCAGCAGUUCACCAAGUUCCAGGCCUUCGCCGAGCAGCUCACCAAAGAAACUCAGGAUCUCAAGGUCAAGAUUGAGGGCCACAAGAGGGAAAACCGCCGCCUGGCAACGCUCAUCGACCAGCAGAAGGACGACGCCGCUCGCAUGUCGGUCCGUCUUACCGGCACCGAGAAGCAGCGCGACGACGCUCUCGAGGCUCUCGUGCUUCAGCAAGAGAUUGCCGAGGAGCUCGAGCGUGAGCGCAAGCGCAACAAGAAGGAGCUUGCAGCCCUACAACACACCAACCACACCAUCACCAGGCAGCGCGACGAUGCCCGCCGCGUGGUGUUGCACCUGCGCAGCCUUAUCGGUGGCCAGAGUCAUCAUCUGGAGCAUCUCGUCGGCUCUCUUACCAAGCCAGAGAACGACAACGAUCUCGCGCACGAGGUGGAGGCUGGCUACGAGGAUGAUACUCAGGAUAUGGAGAGCAAGCACCACAACAGCAAGCGCUUUUCUUCCUCAAGCUUCUCUGAUGUGGCUGACCGUCACCUUAAAGACAAGACGGAUGCUAUUGCACACAUCAUACGAAACAUCGCGGAGCAGUGCCAGGCUGCUGUAGAGGGCCUGGCCCUUGCUCACGACGCCGAGAUCGAGGAUGGCUCCGAUUCGGGCCACCAUUCGGCCCACCAUUCGAGCAGCUACCGCCGCGGCAGCGGCCUGUCGGUCGCCGGCAGCGAUGCCGGCACCCACAGCGAGGUUGGCGACGACAUCAGCGUCCGCCUGCGCCCAUCGUCGGGCCGCACGUCGAGCAUCCCGCCGACGCCGGACUUGAUUCCCAACAGGUCGAGCACUGCUCUCUCCAUGGCCUCGACUACCAUGACCACCCCCGAGCGGUCCUCCCAGCAGUACAUGAUCGGCCACGACAUCCCGACAAAGAUUGUAGAGGAUGACGAGGAUUUGGACAACGGUCCAUCUGCAAGCGAAUCCGAGACGGUCAACAUGCCCGCCCACACAACCAGUAGGGUCCUUGGCAAGCACACCGAGAGCCUGCUUCACAGGCCUUCCGGGGCUCGCAUCAGCGCGCUUGGGGGCACCCGUUAAUGCAACGGAUUUGUAACGACCUCUUGCUUUGCCUGAUGCUGGGCGCGGAUUCUUGCCUACAUGCCAUAUGUCGUAAUUUUUACUAUCUUUGGUCAUUGUUUAUUCCCCAUAUUAAAUAGUUCCUAUGUCUUUACUGGCGUUGAUGUUUUCCUCUGUCUCUCUUAAUUAUCUACUACUGGCUUUUGCACAGUAUUAUCGGUUUUCUCCUUGACAGCUUCAAUCAGCUCGAGAUUAAACCCUGCCAUACCAAUCUUUCUCUUCUUGUCUCUAUGUUCCCUUUUAUUUGCGUCUUCUUUCACGAAAAAGAACGUCGCGUGGCUUUGUGUGGUUAUUUGUGCUGGGGGAGUGUGACUUACUUUGCAGACUACGUUCCACUCCGCACUUCUCUUUUCCUAUCUUUGCUUCUAAAGAUGAUGCGGCCAUGUUUCGAUAGCCUGCGCGAAUUGGUGGUAUUUUGUGGCAAUUUUGUCUGAAUCUCAUGUCAGUAUCGUUGUAUGAGCGUGAUCGCUAUAUUCAAGAAAUCUUUUUUGUUUCUCAUCCUGCUCGAUCCUACCUACAACCGCCGAAGCUUUAUGCCUAUGGGACACGACAGUUUCCUAGCUUUUUACUGUCGGUGUUUCUUGAUACAUGCUCAUCGCGCCUGUUAAGUUCCGCAUUGACUUGUGGCGUGCGCAUUUCAUGAGCGAGCCAAACUAUUUCCCGCAUAGGUACUUUCACCUAUUUUGUGGACUGCUUGAAACUAGCAUACUGAGAUUACUGCCAGGCAGGAAUUAAAACACCGCUGUCAGGUAUCUAGUACCGGUUUGGUUAUAUAAAAGAGAGUAUCCC